GGGUGUUUCGUUAAUUUUACCACUUCGUCUCGUUCUAUGCGGACGGCAUAGCUGUACGAAAAGUCCUCGAAAAAAUUAGGUUUUCUUUGAGAACCCUUCUCUCUGGUUCCCUUUGUCCUCUUCUUCGAGUUCGUUCUUAUCCUCUCUCGUGCUUUCUCUUUCUCUCUCUCUCUCAAUUGGAAUGGGUUGCAAUUUCUAGGCCAACUUAAGUGCUUCCUUUAACUGAUUUGUUGGAAUGGAGACUUUUGUAACAACAGGUUCUCAGAGAAUAUCCUUGUUGCCAGGCUAAGAAAGCACUAUUGUUAUUCUGAAAUUUGUUUUGUUUGAUUAUGGUUUUUAUGGAUCCUAAGAGCUUAGAAAAAGAACUUUUCAUUGAUCUUGAAAGUGGAAAACAUGCUGUAGUAAAUGAAGUUUUGUCAGAGGAUAGUUGUUCUAGUGUUGAACUUGGGAGGCAAAUACCAAAUAAAUUCUGCAGUGAGGUUGCUAGUGAUUCUGGUUUAUUAAAAGGUGAAGAAGAACAUACUAGUGUGCAAUAUUACUCAUUGAGUUUGUCAGAUGGGUCUUCGAAAAAUGUGGAUGAUAUUGGGAAGAAAAGUCAUGGAGGAGAGGAAAAGAUGGUUCAUUUGAAGAAGGCUGGAACUGAGAAACCAAGGAAGAAGAAGUGCAAGAAACCUCCUAGACCUCCCCGACCACCGUCUUUGGAUUCUACUGAGCAGAAAUUCGCAAAAGAGAUAUCUGAACUAGCUAUGUUAAAGCGAGCAAGGAUUGAAAGAAUGAAAGCAUUGAAGAAUAUGAAGAAUGCCAAGCAAGCAGCAUCAAACAACAGUCUUUGUGCGCUGGUCAUUACCGUUCUCUUUUGCCUCGUGAUUGUCUGGCAAGGAGUUUUCUCACGAGACGUGUCAAGCCUUAGUUUUCAUGGUUCUCCUGAAUCAUCCCAUGAGGCCGGUGCCAGCCUGAUCUCAGUUCAAUUUUACAAGAAUGUAUCGGCGUCUCCCAACAUUGUAGAACAAGCAUAUGGUGUGGAUGUUCAUAAAGGAGCAGAAAGUGAUGGCCAUUAAGAAUAAAU